GCAACGCAGAGAUGCGUCUAUUAUGGCAGCGAGGCGGCUGUUAUUCCCGUUGUUGCUGUUGCUGUUGGAGUUGUGGUCGGAGUCCGAGACUGACAACGUAACUCUAAAAGCGGAAAACUUCACUACGGAUGAAACGUUCCUCACCGGGACGCCUCCCAGCGGGACGCCCGACGUGCAGGCAGAAGAGGGUCUUGGACCCCGUUCUGACUGCCCCUGUGACCUGCAUCCAGGCUUCUGCGACCUCAAUUGCUGUUGUGAUUCACACUGUGGUUCAGAAUGCAACCUAGGUGCUCCUGAGUGCCCCUUCUCUUUCUGCCUUCCAGGCAGUACCAGAGCUGUGAGUCAGGUAUGUUUGGAAAAGUCCCUCAUUUUCCGAAAUAACACUCCCUUCCAUACGGAAAUCCUUCCAGGUCCUGAUGGAUGUGUAUUACUCUUCUGUGUACAGUUAAAUGAUUCCACACUGAACUAUUUACAAGUGCCACAGUUGGUGACAGAAAUAAAUUUUCCAGUACUUUCAGCACAAUAUGGAGGAUCAUCAUUCAUCCCUCCAGAACAAGUUUGGUCGUCUUCAUCUGCCUUUUAUCAACUGGGGGACCCAAUUCAGACUUACUUUGCUGCAUCAUCUACACUAAGUGUGCUUAAGCAGCCUGUGGGCAUGGGAGCCAGCCAGGUUUGCACUGAUGAGAAUCCUGCUGGUUUCCUGGAGAGUAAAACCACCAGCUGUAUUAGGAUCCUUACUGACCUGAUGAGCAGUUGUACCUCUGACCCUGCAUUGGAUGCAGCUUCAUAUUAUCGUAACUUCAGUGUAUUGCAGGUCCCAGUCAAUUUUAGUGAUUUCCAGCUGUUACAGGUCCACAUCAUCCCACAUUCUGAGCCUGCAGCUCCUUGGCUGAACGGCAAUACAUGCCACAACGUUGUUUCUGAGGUGAAUUAUGAGGUAGAGUUUAAUGGGAUCCAUGGAAUCCAAAAGGUUUACAUUCAGUUCGAAGUGGCCAAUAUAUCAGGAAAUCCAGGAGUCACAUUACAACAACGUUUUUCUCUGCAUUUUGGGAGCAGAAGACCUCCUUUCACCAAACGAAGAAGUGGAAAUCCUGGCUAUAUCAUAGGAGCACCACUAAGAGCUCUAUAUAAUGGGAUCCAGCGACAUGUAACCAUUUUACAGAACCAGGCUAAUGGCCAGUGCUCAGCAACAGAGAGAUUUACAGUACAAUUUGGGGAGAAUGUAAGGACAGGUUGCCAGUUCAGUAUACCCUUCAAACCCGAGGAAACAAACUGUAGCCCCCUGCAGGAGCUGUUUUACCAAGCCUUUGAAGGAGGACUCAGCACAGGGCAUUUGGCCAUAACCGGCAAUGCUGAUCCAGGCCAUCCAGGGGAGUGGACCAGCAUUUUUACCCAGAGGUGCAAGCUGCAGGAUGGGCACUGUAUGAUUCCUAUUUCCCUGGAGAUUCAGGUGAUAUGGGCUAAUGUGGGCCUCUUAUCUAAUCCACAAGCUCAAGUGUUGGGUGCACGGUAUUAUUAUCUCUGCAGGCCUCUGAAGUCUCUGGGUAUAUAUAUGAACAAAUUGUCUUUGACAAGUACAGUUACCUUCACAGAUAUUACCAAAUGGCCAGAGUCACCACGUGGUCAACCUGAAGUUUAUAGGAAAUUUCCAUUUGAUUUCUUCUUCCCUUUUAAAAUGGCACUGAAUGGAGCUGUGAGUAGUUCAUGCAACAUAUCAGGUACUUUGCUGAUGUCUUUAAUGCUUUAUGGAAUAUUUGCAAGCUGAAGAUACAGCCUUCUAAUACAGAAAAAGAGUAGCAUUUCGUGUAACACGAAAUAAAAAACGGUUGCAUGGUGAGUAAUAGAAUGUUUAAGAGACUGACUAACUUUCUAAAGGAGGGACCACUACAACAUCUAUGUGUCAGAUGACUGAGAUGCUUUUCAACCAGUCUCAGAGGUUGCAUAAAUGAAUAUGUGAACAUGUUGAAAAACCAAUAGUCCAUAAUGAGUUCAUCAUAUAUAUGGCAUGCAUAACAUUUAAUGUUUAGCCCCUGAUAGCAAGUGCAAGCAAUUAUUCCAUAAGUGAUUGCUAUAUCUGUUUAUGGAUGAGCUUUGUGUGACAGGCCUGCUAUCAGCCUAGAGAAUGUAAGAGACGGGUUCCAAAGUGAUAAUGGCAGAGGUUCUUUUCGUGUUCUGAAACUUCUGAAUUCCUGUCUUCUGUGCAACCCCUUGUCUUUCUUCUCCGGCAUAAAGGUGCUCUAGCUCAGGACCAGACAUCUUUAGAUUUCAAGCGAGAAAAAGCUCCCU